AUAUUUUAUUUUAAUGAAAGUUGUAUUUCAAAUUUGCAUCAUUUCCUUACUAUUGACUACCUGCUAUGCAUUCAAUAUUCAUUAAUAUGCUGCCAUGUUACCUGGUCUCAAACUACCUCCCAACACCAAAACCAGAGUCUUGGUCAUCGACACCUUUGAAGACUUCUUAUGGGCCAAUCUCUAUGUAGGGUACAAUCAACAAUAUUUCAAAUUAGACUUUUCUACUACUUUUCGUACUUAGCAACUGGAGCUGCUCUGGAAUUCACUAAUCCCAUACCAAAAUCUGCCUUCAGAGUGAAAAACAUGAAACUUGAAAUCAGCAGAGGAGUCUCAGCCCUAUUCUGGGUACUGCUCUCUGCCACCAUAUUCAUGUGGAAAAUUGAACCACUUACCCCAUAUUAUGGUUAUUAUGAGACUCAUGAUUUUGGAUUGAAGGAAUGGCUCAUUGGACUUUUUGUGUAUCUCUAUCUUCUAUUCAUUAGAUAUUCCAUCGGAUUCGAUUUCUACUUCUACGUCACCCAUAUCAUCCUCCAUCAACCAUUCUUCUGGAAAUACAUCCACAAACAACACCAUGAAUUCAUUGAACCUACGGCAUUUGCAUAAGAUGCAGUCCACCCAAUUGAAGCCAUAGUACAAGGCCCCUUAGGACAUUUCUUCCCAUGUCUCUUCUACCCAAUCCCUCCAGUUUGGCAUCAGUAUAUUAGAUUAUCAUACAAUUAGCUUUUUUGGCUUCUUAACUGCCGUCUAUGCCCAAGCUGCUCACGAUGGAAGAUGGGAUCCAUUCGGACAUAUCAAUCACCAUUUCUAUGUCACCUGCAACUAUGGAAUCUGGGGGGUUUGUGAUAGAAUAUUUUAAACCAACCAUUCCUCAUCAAGAUUCCCAGUUAGAUAUGUUCCAAGUUGGGAGAAAGAUGCAAAGAAAAUAAAAUGAUCACCUUAAAUAAUUCACAUAUCAAUCAACAUUCAACAAAUCCC